UGGAUGAACGAACAGUUGGAUCCUCUCUUCCUGCAAGGCUCCCUUUGUUUUCUGGGGAUCCGCCCGGGUCGGCGUCACCUUGCCGGUUACAGCAUGGCGGCUGUCAGGGGCCCCAGCGCCAAAUGCUUUUUCGCCGUGUUUGAUGCGCUCGACGUGAAACCCCAUGGAUUGACUGAUACCUCAUCAGCAUCCUUCUUCUCCUACCCCCUCCCCCCCUCAUUCCACCAUGCCGUUCUGAUCCCUCACCGACUCUUCUCCAUACCAAAAGUCCCCACUGCCACCUCAUACUACAGCACGCUACACCGCCAGUUCCGUCCCUUCGUCGCCAUGGUCUCGUUUUCCUGCGAGAACUGUGGAGAUGUCCUCACCAAGAAGAAACUCGACCCCCAUCGCAACCAGUGCUAUGGAGCAUCCUUCACCUGUUUAGACUGCAUGGUCCAUUUCGACGGCACCGCCUAUCGCGCUCACACAUCAUGCAUCACCGAGGACCAAAAGUAUCAGGGCAAACUCUACAAGGAAAAGAAGAAACCCCAGCAUCAGAAGAGAGAUAGCGCCCAGCAGGACAACGCUCUCGUUCCUCACAACGCCUACGUCGAGCAUGUCCAUGACCAUGACUCCCACGCUGUCGCUCUUGUCGAUGCCCCGCCACGCGCUCCUACUCCUCCGCCUGCUGCCAAUGCGUUGGGUUAUCAAGAGCGUGCUGCAUUGCCGCCUGUCAAUGUCUUCGAUUUUCUCGAUACCACCGAAACUCCCAAUCGCCCCCGCCCUCAGGUACACGAUGAAUCGCGCAUGAUCGAGGAUAGCCAGCCACCGGCUUAUGUACAGUCCCAACCACACGUGGAUGUGAUGAAUUUCCAGGUUGCGGAUGACGACGAUUUUGCCCAGAACGGCUUCGCGUACGGCACCGAGUCUAUUCGACCGACAAACGAGCGCUUCGACUCUUCCUUUGAUACGCGCCAACGGGAGCCCAACAUGAAUUUUGUCACUCCUGCUCCCAAAUCCAAACAUAGCAGAACCAAGUCGCGGGACAAAGAUAUCGACACAACCAUAAGGAAAGAAGAGCGUAAGCGUAAACGCAACUCGCCCGCCGAACUGGACAUGACACUUGUCCAUGCCCAGCAAGAAAAGGAUAUUCUCAUGUCUGACGCUCCCCCUAUGCUUCAUUCUGGUCUCACCGGAGGAUUGAACCGCUUGCUAGCUCGCCCCGAGUUCCCCCCUUCUCCCGAAUAUUCGGGCGACCACAUGGAGAACUCUCCUCUGAGCCCGAUGAAGCGCGCAAAGGGCGGCGCUUCCAAGGCUUUUAUUCGUGCUCAGAAACAGUUCGACGAUCAGCAAGAGAAGGAACGCAGAGCUGAAGCGAAGAAGGACAAGGAACGAGGCCGUGAGCGGGAGCGCAAGGAGCGCAAAGUCAGCAAUGCCUUGGUCAAAAUUCGACCCAAGAUCAAGAAGCGGGAUGAUUCGACUCGGGAUAGUCGCAAACCUCGCGAGGGGGAACGGCGCCGUCGACGUCAGUACUCGUCUUCCCUUUCGCCUUCCCGAGAACGGAAAACUGUCAGGGCUAUCGAAUACCACCCCUCCCGUUCCUAUUCACCGGCUCCCGAUGAGAGUGGUCAGUUGAUCGUACGCCCCAAUGCAGACAUGGCGCGGUCGAACACAGAUUACAAAGCCCGUGCUGAUAUGUUCAUGUCUUUUGUGAACAAAGGUCCUGAUUCUGAACGAGGCAUGAGUAUCAACAAAACCCUGAAACGAUAUCACCGGGAACGCUACGAUGCUUGGGACCGCGGGGUAUCCAAAGCCGAUGAAGAAAAAGAGCUAUGGAAAAGUAUGCGAUUGAAGCGCAAUGACCGCGGAGAGAUAGUGCUUUUCUUUGCUCCCCCAGAGACGGCCGCGUGA